AUGCGUACGCAACCGCUGACGCUAUGUGAGAAAAAUCUGAUUCUAGAAUCAUUGCGAGCUGGAAAGAGAUUAGAUUUCCGAAAAUGCGAUGAAUUCAGAGAUGCGAAAUUAGUAGUAGGUGCUGAAUGCGGAACUGCGAUUUGUAGUAUCGGGCAAACAAAGGUAAUGUGUGCUGUCAGUGCUCAAAUCGCCGAGCCAUCAUCGAUGAGGCCGCAAAAAGGAGUUAUCAAUAUUGACGUCGAUUUGAGCCCAAUGGCAAAUCCUUCUAAUGAGCAUGAUCGAUUAGGCCAAAAAGGAAUGGAACUCAUUCGAUUGUUGGAACUAAUUAUUCGCGAUUCAAGAUGUGUCGAUGUUGAGUCUUUGUGUAUUCGUGCCGGUAAAGAAGUAUGGAAAAUUCGUGUUGAUGUUCGUAUUCUUGACGAAGACGGCUCGAUUUUGGAUUGUGCGUGUCUCGCCGCGAUCACUGCUUUGCAACAUUUUAAACGACCAAAUGUCACACUCGAGCCCCAUCAUACUCUAAUUUAUUCGGAGUAUGAGAAGUCACCGAUUCCGUUGAACAUUUACCAUAUGCCCGUUUGUACAACAAUCGGAAUUUUAGACAAAGGAAGCCAAGUCAUUAUUGAUCCAACCGAAAAAGAAUCUGCUUGUCUUGACGGAUCAAUUGUCGUCGCUUGCAAUAAAAGGAAGGAAGUUUGUGCUCUUCAUCAGAGCACGAAUCUCAUUUUGACUACGAAACAGAUCGAGAAUUGCGUCAAAAUUGCACUGAAACGAGCCGAAACGUUGACGGCUCUUGUGAGUGACGUCAUCAAGCAAGAUCAAAGGCAAAGAAGCGCCUAUAAACGACCAGACGGAUUCGCAGUGACUGCUCCAACGAUUGUGCUCAAUACUGGUACUGCGGCAGCUGCGAAUCUUCGAAAUCCGGUUGUCGAAAUCAAGAAAGAAGUGGAAGAAGAGAGUCCAAAAAUACAACCGAGCAUGAUUUUGAAUGAAAAUCCAUUAAAACAGAAUUCGGUAAAGCAAGAAGAAAUAGAGGAAGAUGAGCGUAUUGAAAAGCAAUUGGAGACAAUUCAGAAAGGCGUUGAUGACGUCGGCAUGUCCGACGUUGGUACGCCGAACAAAACUAGUUUUAAUCGAAAGAGAGAAGUUGAAGAGGUGGACGAUUUGUUAGCUGGAUUAGAAGACGAUGAAGAGGAAGAAGUUGUGACAUUAACGACUUCGCAAACUGUGGAUUCAGAUGAAAAUGACGACGACUUCCUAUUGAAAGCGAAAAAGAAAAAGGUCUAA